AUGUCGCAAAUGGACGCAGACACGAAUAUCAAAAUAUGGAAAGUCAAAAAGCUUGUGAAAAGUCUCGACAAUGCACGCGGCGCCGGCACAUCGAUGAUCAGCUUGAUUUUGCCACCCAGGUCGCAGAUAUCGCAGGCAUCGAACAUGCUUACUCAAGAGUAUGGCACGGCGAGCAACAUCAAAUCGCGUGUGAAUCGCCUGUCUGUCCUGGCAGCCAUCACCUCGACGCAGCAGCGCUUGAAAUUGUACAACCGUGUGCCCGAUAAUGGGCUUGUCAUGUACUGUGGCACCAUUCUCACGGAUGAGGGCAAAGAAAAGAAGGUCAACUUUAGUUUCGAGCCGUUCAGGCCCAUCAACACUUCGCUGUACUUGUGCGACAACAAAUUUCAUACCGAAGCGCUCUCGGAGCUGCUCGAGGCGGACUCCAAGUUUGGGUUCAUUAUUAUGGAUGGUAACGGAUCGCUUUUUGGUACCGUGAUGGGUAACACACGCACAAUCCUGCACAAGUUCUCUGUCGAUCUUCCCAAGAAGCACGGUCGUGGUGGUCAGUCUGCCCUGCGUUUCGCACGUCUGCGUGAGGAGGCGCGCCACAACUACGUGCGAAAAGUAGCAGAGAUGGCGAAUCAGCAGUUUAUCACGGACAACAAGUGCAACGUCUCUGGUCUCGUACUUGCAGGUUCUGCCGAUUUUAAAACGGAGCUCAGCCAGUCGGAUAUCCUCGACUACCGCCUGCAGCCCAAGGUGAUCCAGAUUGUUGAUGUAUCGUACGGCGGCGAGAACGGAUUUAACCAGGCAAUUGAGCUUGCUGCCGACAGUCUCGCCAACGUCAAGUUUGUCCAGGAAAAGAAGCUGAUCCAACACUACUUUGACGAGAUCUCGCAAGAGACCGGUAAGUACUGCUUUGGACUGGAUGAUACAUUCCGUGCGCUCGAGAUGGGUGCUGUUGAGACGCUGAUCGUCUGGGAAAACCUAGAACAGACCCGCUACGAACUUCGCAACGCGGAGGGCAGCGAGAUCGUGCUGAUGCUCACCAAAGAGCAGGAACAGGACCGCUCGCACUUUAUAAAUAAGGCAACAGGCACAGAGAUGGAAACGAUUAGUGAGCCGCAGCCGCUUUUGGAGUGGAUUGCUGAGAAUUACAAACAGUUUGGCACGAACUUGGAGUUCGUCACGGACAAGUCGCAAGAGGGCAUGCAAUUCUGCAAAGGCUUUGGCGGUAUCGGUGGAUUGCUGCGCUACAAAGUCGCCUUUGAGGAGCUUGCCAUGUACGACGAAGACGAGGACGAGUUUUUAAGCGACUCGGACGACGAGUAG